AUGUCUGAUGACAAUAAGAGCAAGGGAGGGGUGGCCGGCUUGACCCCUCGUGAGCAAGAAGUUCUCCUGGCUGGCCUUCAGAAUCUCAAGAGCGGCGACAUUCAGGUCGACUACGAUGGUUUGGCAAAAGCUCUGGGUUCCAAGAACAGCAACUCUGCCAACACUGCCUGGUGCGCGGUCAAGAGAAAGGUCUUCGGGAACGGCCUGAAGACCGAUGGGGCAUCCACUGCUGCGGCGUCUCCAAAGCCAAAGACUCCGAGAAAGCCUGCCGCCAAGAAAGCUGUCAAGGCCAAAACUGGUGACGACGACGGUGAGGACGAUUCAGGUGAUGGGAAGAGCAAGGCUGCUUCUACCGAUCCAGCAGACGGUGAAGCGAACGAGUCUGAAGAUGCUCCAGCCACACCCAAGACCCCUGCUACCACUCCGAAGAAGCGUGGCCGCAAGACCAAGGCUCAGAAGGAGGCCGAAGCCGCUGUCAAUGGCGAAACCUCAGCAGCUGGCGAUGACGACGAGGCGGAGAAGCCACCUCCAAAGAAGCGCCGAACACCCGCGAAGAAGAAAGCCGCCGCCGCCGCCGCCGCUGCUGUGGAUAGUGUUGCUGAGGACGAGGGCGAAGCCAAGGUCACUCCUACCAAAGCUACUCCGGCAAAGGGAAAGAAAGCGGCUCCUCUUCGCCAGGUCAAGACCGAAGCUGCGAGUGAGGAUGAGACAGUUUUGUCUGCUGCCACUCCUGACGAACAUGCUGCACCAGAGGCUGCCAAGGUGAAGAAAGUGGACGAUGCUGGUACCGCCGCAAAGGCAAACGGUGUCAAUCCUAGCAAGAAGAGUAUGCCGGCAAAUCUCCCUGCUGUCGAGUCCGAGGACGCUGAGCCCCUCGAGGACGACGAGAUCGACGACGAUGGUAUUGCUGAGGAUGGUGACGCCGCUGUGGCCGAUACCACGGAUACUCAAGUCGUCGCUGCCAAGACAGCCGAGUCGGUCUGA